AUGGCUUGCUUAGAGGUACAAAAGUACUUUUCUGAGGAUGUGCGUAGUAAGAAAGAGAUUGGAUUCCUUGCAUUGAAACAAGGGAGUUUGAUUGUUGCUGAGUAUGCUACUAAGUUUAAGGAGCUUGUGAAAUUUUGCCCAUAUUAUAAUGUGCUACUAUUGAGGUGUCUAAAUUGUCAGAUUUAUGAUGAGGAUUGUAGAGCCUAUUCUGCUCACUACAAGAGUCUUAUUGAGAAGAAAGGGAAGGGACAGUUUCGAGGAAAGUCGUAUGUGACUCCUACUGACAAAGGGAAACAUAAAUCUAUCAUUGAGAAGAAGCCAAGUGGGGGAGGAGCUUUUACUUCAGUCCAAUGUUAUAGGUGUGAUGUGAUAGAUCAUCAUGUCAAUGAGUGCUCCAGUGCUGAGAAGAAGUGUUACAAGUGUGGGAAGACAAGGCACCUCAUUGCUGAUUGUAAAAGUAAUGGUGUGACUUGCUACAAUUACGGAGAGCAAGGUCAUAUCAGUACUAAUUGCUAG